AUGGACAACAGUAAUGUUAAGUCGCGCCGGGUGGACGCCGAAGAAGAGUCCAGCGACGACGAAUCGAUCGUAGAGGCACCCGCCGUCGUCGCACGUCGCCGAACGGCUUCCAUGGCUUUCGACGCGGAACCAGCCGACGCUUGUAAGCGGCGCAGGAAGCGCAGGUGCCGUCGCCGGCGCCGCAGUAGCUGCAAGAGGCGCCGGCGUCGGCGCAGCACGUGCAAGAGGAGGCGCCGGCGGUCGUGCGCGAAAAAGUGCAGCGAAGACGACGAGACAACGGAAUCGGGUGGCGAGGAAACGGACGAGUUGGACUUGCCCAACGGGGGCGGCCGUCGCUACCUUGGUCCCUCGUCGACGGUCACGCCGGCAGUUGAGCUGGGCGUGGCCCCCGCAGACGCGUGCCGGCGCCGCCGCAAACGUUCGUGCCGCAGACGCCGCCGCAGCUGCAAACCGAAAUGCCGCAGGCGCCGACGCAGCUGCAAGCCGAAGUGCCGCAGGCGCCGUCGCCGCUGCAACGACUCCGAGGGCGAAGAAGAGAUGGACGACGACGACAACAUGACGACCCUCGCAGUCGGGCCGACGAUGAGACGUCGCACCCGUAGCCGCUCGACCUUGCGCAUACGACGCAACACGCCGUCCACUUCAGCCGACAAGCGUGUGUGA